GAUCCGAAGGUAUCGGUUCCAUGGAGCGUCACGGCGGAGGGAGAGUGUCCCAAAAAACGAAAAUAUAAAAUGCAUUUCACCACAGACUACACAAAAACGUGUCCUUGUUUAAUAAGGAUGAAAAAUAAUGACAAUGUUACGCGCUGAACUGUUUGCAACAGUGAUUUCAGCAUUGCUCAUGACGGUUUAAACGACUGUAAAAGGAAGGCUCACAUCCAACCGAACACUGUGACCCCAGAGCUAAGCUGACAUGUACCCAAACACCCUGAUCGCAGAGUUAAGCUGUCAUCUACUCAGAUGCCCUAAUUCCAAAGGCUCCUUGAUCCCAGUGGUAAGCUGCCGUCUACCGAAACACCCUGAUCACAGAGGCAAAGCACUGUCCGCCGAAACACCCUGAUCCCGGAUGUAGGCUGCCAUCCACGCAAACACAUUGUUCCCAGAAGUAAUCUGCCAUUCACCCAACCAUGCUGAUCCCAGAGGUAAACUACCUUCCAUCUAACCGCCUUGUUCUCUGGGGUAAGCUGACAUUUACCCAAAUACCCUGAUCCCAGAGGCAAGCUGCGGUCUACCCAAACACGCAGACCCCUCAGGUAAGCUCACAGUCAUGCAAAUGUCCUAACCCCAGAGGUAGGCUGCCUUUGACCCAGCUCCCUGACCCCUGAGGUAACCUCGCUUCCACCUAAACACUCUGAUCUCAGAGGCAAGCUGACAUUUGCCCAAACACCCUGAUCACAGAAAUAAGCUGCCAUCCACCUAAACGACCUACCCCCAGAGGUAAGCUGACAUCCAUCUAACUGCCUUGAUCCUAGGCUGCCCCAGUACGUCUAGGUGGUGACAAUCCAUCCUACAGGGUUGACAUGAUGUGCUUUCCUGAAGCACACAAAGGACACCUCGGGCUUUAUGAAUGUGUAUGACAGUGUUUUAGCCCGACCCUUGUCCAGAGGUCGGAAGUCUGCGGGCUGGGGAUCCCGCAGUGGCUGGUGGCUUGCCCACCGCCCUGCUGGGCGAACUGGUGUUUUUAUUUUUAGCUGCUUUUAUAGUCUAGCUCUGCUUGGCUCAUCCCGGAUUGGCGGACGUCGGGACCACGGCGGCGGAAGGACUCUGCUCCAGCGGCGACGUCGGUGGACCUUCCCGGAUGGCAACGGCCGGCGGACCAUCGAGGAAGCCCUUCAGCGGGCCGUGGCUGGUAGCAGGCGGGGGCCUGCGGAAUACCGCCCGGUUCUGCUGGAGGGCUGAGGGGGAGGUGGGCACCUUCCCCGACCGGCUGGCCUUCAUCCGGGAGGUGGCCUUCAAAGCACUGGGCCUUCGUAUUCUUUGCGUACAGCGGAAUGGCCCCUUCCAAUUCUUUGAGGUCACCUUGUCCACCGAUGACAGCUACAGCAAGGUCCUGGAGCGGAGCAAGGAGGGGGCCCAGCACCCCCUCCUCGGACGUUACAACAUCGAGCCGCUGUGGUGGCCCGACAAGCGGGUUAUUACUGUCCAUUGUUUUAACCCACACAUUACCGCUGAGGCUAAUGGCGCAGGCGGUUUUAGCCACCCCCCAGCCUAUUUUACUCUACAGGGCAAUAAGGCAUACCUUUUUUAUUCUGGACAGCCUCCCUUCUGCCGGCAGUGCCACAGCUUUGGACACACCCUGGAGGGAUGCGCCAACCUGCGCUGCCGCAACUGCCUGGAGUCGGGGCACAUGGCCAGGGACUGCAAGGGCCCCCGUCGCUGCAUAUACUGUAACAGCGAGGACCAUCUGGCUCGUUCCUGCCCACAGAGAAAGACUACAUAUGCCGACGCUCUGUCGGGUAACAGAGCAGUCGGCUCGGAGAAUGGUGGGGGAGCUCUAGCCCCCACGACUGGGCAGGAACAGCCGGCGACGGGGGCAGGAGGAGAAGCCCUGGUCGAGGUGGAGGAGGCCCCUUCGAGUGCGACACCAAUGCAGGAGGGGUCUCCGAACAAGGUGGAGCAGCUCGCCCUGGCUCCAGGCGUCAGCAGCAGGCGAAAGAAGAGCGUUGCAUCCCCCCGGGGGAGGAAGAAGAGCAGAAGGGAGGCGCAACCCGACGCAUCCAGCCCUCCGGCGGCCUCCUCGCCAGCAGUGGCGGCCGGGGACCAAGGCCGACAGUGUCCCCCCUCCCCGAUGUUAGAGGCCCCCCGUCUGGUGUGGGACUUGGGACAGUCCCCUGCACCCCCCCAGGAGUACAGCGGUCAACAGGACACUGCUAAUGAACAGGAGUACCUGGGGGGGCUGGAAUUGGGGGACCUUUUGAGGUUGACUGAGGAGGGGGGGCAGUAGGACAGUAUUGUUUUUAAUGGCUGGCUUUUAUUAUUUUAGUUUGUUGUUUUUAAUUGUAUUUUAUUAUUUUAA